AUGAAGGCCACUUUCUUCCUCGCUGUCUUUGCUCUCCUCGCCGUUGCCACCUCUGCCAUCCCCCACGGUUCCGACCAAUCUGCUAAAGAAGUUGGUAACGAAGGUUCCGUCUCUGGCGUCUUCAACAACUUCGCUGCUGCUGGUGCCUUGAGCGACAACUCUCUCAAGAACUCUGUCAGCCAGUCCGUUUAA